AUGGCGCAAUUGCACCCGGCGUCGACCGCGGCCCCCCUCUAUCUGACCGGCAACAAGGACGGUCUCCGCGAGUUCUUGACCAAGUUCGAUGUCUUCCUGUUUGACUGCGACGGUGUCCUGUGGUCUGGUGACCACACUUUUCCCGGCACGGUCGAAACUCUCGAGUUAUUGCGCAACAAUGGCAAACAAUUGGUCUUCGUGACAAACAACAGCACAAAGUCUCGCGCAGACUACUGCAAGAAGCUGCAGGGCCUCGGAAUCCCGAGCACAGUGGAAGAGGUCUUUUCCUCCUCGUACAGCUCGUCAAUAUACAUUUCGCGCAUUCUCCAGCUCCCGGAGAAUAAGCUCAAGGUCUUUGUGAUCGGCGAGACUGGUAUCGAGCAGGAGCUGCGCUCCGAGAAUGUUCCCUUCAUUGGCGGCACGGACCCGGCCUAUCGCCGCGACGUCGAGCCCGAGGACUUCAAGAAAAUCGCCGAGGACGAUUCUUCUAUUAUCGAUCCCGAAGUCGGCGUUGUUCUCGUCGGUCUGGAUUAUCACCUGAACUACCUCAAGCUGGCACUAGCCUUCCAUUACAUCAAGCGCGGCGCCGUCUUCCUUGCCACGAACAUCGACUCCACGCUUCCGAGCUCGGGGACCUUGUUCCCCGGGGCUGGAUCUAUGAGUGCGCCGCUGAUCAUGAUGCUCGGCUCGGACCCUACUGCACUCGGUAAGCCUAGCCAGGCGAUGAUGGAUGCUAUCGAGGGCAAGUUCAAGUUCGAUCGUAGCCGUGCGUGCAUGGUCGGUGACCGUGCUAACACUGAUAUCCGCUUUGGCUUGGAAGGCAAGCUGGGUGGUACACUUGGCGUGUUGACAGGUGUAAGCUCUAAGGAGGACUUUGUCUCGGGUCCUGUGCGUCCUCAUGCGUACUUGGAUAAGCUCUCUGAUCUCUUGGGAUCGGAGUUGUAG